GCUUGCGCAAAGUUUUGACUGAUGACCUAUGAUCGGCUCCACUCGCAGACACGCUCGAGCAGAAAGGAAAUUUCCAGAAACUCCACAACUUUCCCGGACAAGGGGUUUCUCUCGCUCCUCUCUUUCUCGACAUUUUCAAAAAUUCCUGAGGAAGCGCUUCAGAAUCCCAAAAACCCUUGAAGGGAGGGAAGCGAGUAAGUGAAGGAUAGAAGAAAUGGAUGAGACGGAGGGUGGAGAUUUUCAUCAAAACGAGGCGAUCUCGGCGGUGGCCGACGAAGGGUUCCUUGGAGAGGAGGAAGACGACUAUGAGGACCUCUACAACGACGUGAAUGUUGGCGAGGGGUUCUUGCAGUCUUUAUCUCGCAAGAACGACGCCCCUGACGUAGCCUACCAUAAUGAUGCCGCUGCAGCCAGCAACAAUAACGGGAACAACAAUGGCGGCAGCAGAAACGACGUGGAAGAGAGCAAGAAUGCUUCUGCCCAAGUUGUACCGAUUCCAGGUACUUCUCAGGUACAUUUACCGGGUGUUUCUGAUGAAAGUGGUGUCUCUAGGGUUUCUGGUUAUGAAAGUCAGGGGUAUAAGGGGCCACCUAAUUUGAGCCCAGCUGGAUCUGGAGGGAUUAGGGUUGAAGUGGGGCUAGGUUCUAGUAAAGUAAUCGAGGGUGAGAAUCAAAGUGCUAAUAUUAAUAAUAAUGUUAUGAAUACAAGUAGUGUUAACAACAGUAGUGUGGCUAUGCAUCAACAGCAACAGCCGCAACAGGUGCCAUCGCAUCUUGCUCCUGUGGGGAAUGUAGGGAGUGCAGUCAACGAUAAUAUGAAUAGAAACAUGAAUGGUGCUGUUGGUGGUGCCGGAAAUUCUUCUCAUAAUGUUGGUGGUGGGGGUGGAGGUGGUGGCACAAUAUUAUUUGUCGGGGAUUUGCAUUGGUGGACGACAGACGCGGAGCUAGAGGCCGAGUUGGUGAAGUAUGGUUCUGUGAAGGAAGUGAAGUUUUUUGAUGAGAAGGCAAGUGGGAAAUCAAAAGGUUAUUGCCAGGUGGAGUUUUAUGAUCCAGCUGCAGCCACGGCUUGCAAGGAGGGUACGAAUGGGCACCUUUUUAAUGGGAGGCCCUGUGUGGUCGCAUUUGCGUCACCUUUUACUGUUAAGAGGAUGGGAGAGGCCCAGGUCAACAGGAAUCAGCAGAUGGCUCAGCAGGGGGCUACCCCUGCUAGAAGGGGGCCUAAUGAUGCUGGGGGAAAGGGUGGCCCCAUUGCUGGUUCUAGUGCUGGUGUGAAUAAUAUUGCAGUUGGUGGGAACUAUCAAGGUGGUGAUGGUAAUAGGGGUGGUGAUGGUAAUAGAGCAUAUGGUAGAGGAAAUUGGGGGAGGGGUAAUGCACAGGGAAUGGGAAGUAGGGGACCUGGUCCAAUGAGGAAUAGGCCGGGGGGGAUGGGUGGUAGAGGUUUAAUGGGGAAUGGUGGAAAUGGGUUUGGCCAAGGCAUUGGUGGAGUGCCUCCUUUGUUGCAUCCUCAAUCGAUGAUGGGACAGGGUUUUGAUCAUGCAUUUGGUGGGCCAAUGGGGAGAAUGGGAGGUUAUGGAGGAUUUCCUGGUGCUCCACCUCCAUUCUCUGGUGUUUUGUCCUCAUUUCCACCUGUGGGAGGUAUUGGUUUUCCUGGUGUGGCUCCUCAUGUGAAUCCAGCCUUUUUUGGCAGAGGGAUGCCUAUGAAUGGAAUGGGGAUGAUGCCCUCUAGUGGUGUUGAUGGGCCUAAUAUGGGAAUCUGGUCAGAUCCUAGUAUGGGUGGAUGGGGUGGUGAGGAGCAUGGUGGUGGAAGAGCAGGUGAGUCUAGUUGUGGGGAGGAAGCUGCGUCUGACCACCAGUAUGGUGAGGUAAGUCAUGACAGAGGAGGCAGGCAAAAUCCUGGGAAGGAGAAAGAUAGAGCUUCGGAGAGAGACUGGUCUGGUUCUUCUGAUAGAAGGUAUCAUGAUGAUGGAGAUGCAGGAUAUGAUAGAGAUAUCCCUAGAGAAAAGGACAUGGGUGGCCCUGACCAGGAAUGGUCGGAAAGAAGGCAUCAUGAUGACAGAGAUAUUGUUAGAGAAAGAAUCAGAGAUCGUGAAAGGGAUCGAGAACAUUCUCGGGAUCACGAUCAUGAUCGAGAGCGUGACAGGGAUCGUAAUAGGGAACCUGAUCGAUACAGAGAUGACAGAGAUAGAUAUGCCGAUCAUCAUAGACACAGAGGGCGGGAAGUGGAGCAUGAUGAUGAAUGGGACAAGGGAAGGUCAUCGAGGACUCACAGCAAGUCCCGAUUGUCGCAUGAUGAGGAACAUAGGUCAAGAUCUAGGGAUGCUGAUUAUGGGAGGAGGCGAAGGAUUACCUCAGACUGACUAUAGCUUGUUUCUUAUUAUGCAGUCAAAGAAGUCGGAAAGUUAUCAAACUUUGUUUUCUCAUGAUCAGUUGGGGGCUCUCUUCUAACUGGUAUUCUUUUGGUCGCUGAUUUCUUGGACAGCGAUUUUCAGUUCAUGACCUGCUGUUGCAUCUUUCAUGGGAGCUGGUUUUAUCCUCGCAUGAAAGAACUUGGAGGACAUAUGAUCUUUGAGAAUUGAAGCUGUUCACAAGAGCUAGAAUUUCCCCUGGGUAUGGAGGAGGAUGCCAAGCUUCUUUGUUAAAAGACACUUCACCACCAUUGAUAUAGAAGUUGAACUUUUGGUUUUCAGUUUCUAGCUUUCCUUUCCAUUUGAUGUUUAAUUUAGUAGGCGCUUGAUCAGAUCAAUGUUGUGGAUGAUGCUAUGGCCUGGAGGCUGGAAUUGCUGAAGUUGAGCUGUACUAUAUUGUUUUUAGAACUUACUGUUUGAAUGUGAUGCAAUAGGAUUUAGCCUAGAUGAUGUCAUUACUAAUGUGUCUGUUAUCUUUUUUUGGCUAUUUGUAUCAUUUUUACUCCUUUUGUUGUUUUUUGUUUUGAAGUACAUCACCAUUUUGACCA